AUGACUUUUCAUUUAAAUGUUACUGAUAAAUAUGAAGACUUACAUCUUACAAGUGAUGAAGGGGAAGAUAAUGGAAUUACAACUAAUUCAUCUAAAAGAUUCUCAGAGACUACGAAUCAACAAAAUCGACUUACUAAACUUUUUGGAUAUAAACCUGAAAUUCGUGAUCCGGAGAAACUUAUUAUUCAAAGAAAAGAAAUGAUAGCUCCAAAUGGUGCUUUUGAAUAUAAUAGUAGUCAGACAUAUCAUGUUUCAAAUGAAGAAUUAUUUGAAAUGGCAGAAUCAAUUUUACAAAAGAAAGAUUACAAAACUUUUGAAGAUCUUGGUAUUAACAAAGAAAUUUUAAAGGUACUUCAUGCAAUGAAUAAAAAUGAUAUGACAGUAAUUCAACAUGUUGUUGCUUCUGCUCCAACGGGUUAUGGAAAAACAUAUGCAUAUAUUGUGCCAAUAAUUGAUUAUAUUUUAAAAAAACGUUCACAUUCUUCAAGUGGAUUUAAUAUUGGGAGAUCCCCUUUAGGAAUGAUGUUAGCUGUUACGAGAGAUCUUGCUAAACAAUUAAUGGAAGAUGUUCAAGCAUUGACAAAUGGUACUUCUUUUAGAGCUGUUCUUAUUUAUGGUGAAAUGUUAAAUCGUGAUAUUCAGAAUGAACUUGAUAAAGGAUGUGAUUUUAUCAUAGCUUGUCUUGGAAGACUAAAAACAUUAACAGAACGUAAAGUAAUAAAUUUGGAUAAUCUAAGAUAUCUUGUUGUUGAUGAAGCGGAUAAGUUUAUUUCUGACCCUACUUUUAAAUAUGAAAUGAAUGAAUUUCUCAAAGAUACUGGUAUUAAUGUAAGAAAAAGUGGAAAAUUAACAAGAGUAUUAACUUCAGCAGUAAUUGAUGAACAAAUUUUAGAUGAAGUUACAUCUUUGUUUAUUCCCGAUUCAAAAUAUGUUUUUAUUGAUCAUUCAAAAUCAAGAAGGUCUUGGAAUGUUAAAGAGGAAUUUCUUUUGGUUGAAGGCUAUGAUAGAUUUCAUACAUUAAUUGAAAUUUUGAAAUCUAUCAAGAGUAAGGAUCCAAAUGCUAAGAUUAUUGUAUUUUUUGGAAGUAGAAAUGAAAUGGAUUUAGCGGCAACCUGGAUGAACUUGUCAAACGUUCCAAACAAGUCAAUUUCUGGUAACAGAACUCAAGAAAUGAGAGAUAAUGCAAUGAAAGUUAUUGAUGAAGUUCCAGGAACUAUAUUAAUUUCAACAGAUGUUACUGAAAGAGGUGUUGAUGUCAAAGGAGCUAAGUAUGUAAUUCAUCAUAAUGUACCACAAAAAUAUAGUAAAUAUAUCAAUCGUAUUGGAAGAGUUGGAAGACACGAAGGAUUUGAGGGAAUUUCGAUAAUGUUUGUGACUAAUGAUAUUGAGUGUAUCAAUGAUAUUAGUUUACUAGUAAAAGAUAUGAUUAAAUGUCAAUAUAAAGUUCCUCCAAAACUCCUUAACUUAUACGAAGAAAAUGAGAGAGAAAAAGAAAGGCAAAAAAAGUACCAGAUCAAAAUUUUAAGUAUGAAUAAUGGUAUCAAUAAUGGAGAUGCUCCAGCAUGGGCUGAAGAUUUAAAUAUUGACUAA